GCGCAUAGGGAGCGGCAACAGAAAACUGUAGAGUCGCAGAAGAAAAUCAGUGUUACGAAAACGACAAGGGAUGAAAAUCUAAAAAGCUUUAAUCUUCGACGAUGCAUCAGUGCCGAGGCUCCUGACUGGGAAAAACGGGAGUCGUUCCGGGCAAAAGAUGUGCCUAUAGGAGUAUAUGUGCCACCGUAUAAAGCAGAAAUAGAAGCAGCCAAGCGAGCUCGACGGAAGGCGGAACGUGCUGCGGAGUUGAUACGAAUAAGCAAGGCACCAUCCGGACUGGAGGUACUGUUUUUACAUUGGCAUGCCUGCGUGAAUGCAUGUUUUAUGGUGGUAGUUUUGCAAGAGCGAAUAAAUUUGCAGCUUAACCAAAUGUUUCGUGUGUUGGUGACCAAACAUUCAGUCUGCACUAUCACAAUGGAGUAA